AUGGACCUAUCUAACUUGAUAUCUUUUCAAAACACCUACCCAACUGAGAUUCCGGCUGGAAAGGAGUGUAUGAACAGUCUCGAACAGGCUCCCGAUGGUGGCGAGUUUGCUUCAUGUUCAUGGCCAACAACAUCGCAGCAAGAUGCCUCGGGAGUUGACAUUCCUUGGCCAAUCGAAUGGCAGACGGCUGCGAAGGCCUCCGUACUACCUGAAUUCGAACCGGAUCUCGUGCAGCCCUUUUUUUGGGCGAUUCUUUCUUCUGCAAAGCCUCUGAGCAAUGCAGCACGGGCCUCUUUCCGCCAACUGAUUGAUUUGGCCACGCAAAAGAGUUUGUGGCGGUCAACAAACGUUGGCAAUUUUUCCAGCAGGGACGUGCUCAGCAGUUGCCUCCAUUUAUACUUCAAUCAUUUCCACGAGAUGCUUCCGAUUGUCCAUCGCCCUACUUUUGACCCAGAUGAUAGUCUUAUUACGACCCUUGCUAUGGCUGGGAUUGGGGCCAGCUAUGUUACUUCACCUAACGCACAACUCUUUUCUAAAACCAUCCUAGAGCUCAACCGCCAGAUCCUUACUUUGAAGGUGAGAAAAUUGAAACUUACCUUGUGA